UUUGGGGGCACACUGCACUUCAUGGGGCUUUCUACAACAGACUGUCCAAGCAGAUUCUUGCUCCUGUUCCCCGUUCCAUUCGCCCACCCCUGAGGGAGGUCUUCAAACCUGAACCAAAGCGGAACCCUUGCAGACCUGGUGAACCAUGGCUCAGAACCAGGUUAUCCUGCAGUUUCACUUUUCCACUUUUGGGGAAUCCAUGCUGCAGAAGAUGAACACACUCCGCAGGCAGAGCCGAUUCUGUGACGUCGCAGUACGGAUCAAUGAUUUGGAGGUGCUCGGUCAUAAGGUGGUGUUUGCAGCUGGAUCACCAUUUCUAAGAGACCAGUUUUUCCUUCAGGACUCCCGGGAGGUGCAUAUCUCAAUACUGCAGGAUGCAGAGGUUGGGCAAAGGCUGCUUCUCUCCUGCUACACAGGGACUCUGGAAUUCCCGGAGCUGGAGCUUGUGAAUUAUCUCACUGUAGCCAGUUUCCUGCAGAUGGCCCACAUUGUGGAACAGUGCACUCAAUCCCUGAGUAAAUUUAUCAAGCCCCAUGUGGGACUUGAAGUGCAGUCUACUAGACCCUCAUCACGUGAAAGUGGGCAGGAACCUCUCAGUGUGGAGACAGACCAUGAAGAGGAGGGCAAUGGCAAAGAUGAUGAACUGAUAGUUAAGCCGCAGUCUCCCCCUCCUAGACAGAUUAGAGAUCAAGUUGAUGGUGAAGAGAGCUCUGUCACCAUAGUUAAGGUAGAAUCAGUCUCUGACCGAGUGCCAGAAACAUGCGACAGCCUUCAAGGCCAGUUCCCCAGCUCUGGUCCUGCUGCCUCCCUGCAGUCAGCUGAGCCUCAGCAUUCACUCAUCAACUCCACGGUGGACACCCGGUCAGGGGAAGCUCAUGCAUUGCCCUUGCAGGGAUACACAUUUAACCCUACAGCCCCUCUCCCAGGGAAAAGCACCCUUGGGGGACAUUUGAGGAGCACAGAUAAGGGCCUGCAGUGGUACCACCAGUGCCCAAAGUGUGCCCGGGUCUUCCGCCAGUUGGAGAACUACGCCAACCACCUCAAGAUGCACAAGCUCUUCAUGUGCCUUUUGUGCGGCAAGACUUUCACACAGAAGGGCAACUUGCACCGGCAUAUGCGUGUCCAUGCUGGGAUCAAGCCCUUCCAGUGUAAGAUCUGUGGGAAAACCUUUACCCAGAAGUGCUCACUGCUAGAUCAUCUCAAUCUGCACAGUGGAGACAAGCCCCACCGCUGCAAUUACUGUGACAUGGUGUUCGCUCAUAAACCCGUCCUGCGGAAACAUCUCAAACAGAUUCACGGCAAGAACAGCUUUGAUAAUGCCAAAGAACGCAGUGUACUUGAUGGCACUCAUGACUUUGAGUUUGGGCUGCAGGACUGCAGUAUGGACCGCAAACCUGCUGGAAUGGGGGAUUCCAUGUAGCUCAGGGCUACACUAUGUUUAAUCAAUCUUUGCAGCUGACGGCACACUAACCAGCUAUAAUAUGUUAUAUUGUUUUCAUGGUUCCAAACCAUGAAAUGAAACCCAAACCUGAAUGAUAAUAGCUUUUUAUUGCUCUCUGACCAUUGUUGUACCAAUGACUCAGUUUAUGUAAAUAUGUCUUCUUGCUGAGAGGCUCAUGGUCUCUGUUAUCUACAGUGGAAUGCAGAUCAGAAACUACACGAAAUGCACAUUUUCUCACGUUAAAUUAAAUUUUUGAACACAUUUCAGAAUGCUAAAAUAUAUACUUGUAGAAAUGCAGAUGUAAAAGGUAAAGGUCAAGAUUAUUCAUUUUAAUUGUUCAUCCUUAAUUUAUAGCCAGUUCCAAAGAGAUAAUUGGAUUAGUGUCUAUAGUGUUUGAAUUUAAACCUUAUAAAAUAAAUUUUAAGACUUUUCUCACAGGCCUGGAUGUAUAGCUUAUUUGAUUUGUCCUAGAAUGACAGAAACAUGAGAAGCUACCAUAUGAGGGUUUGGAGGAAUUGGGCUCAUAAUAUUGUACAAAUCAUUCUCGAUUAUUCUUCCCCUAAGUCAGUCCUGUCCAUAGUCAAUGAAAUAUGUGCUCUUAACCUUGAUUUACAUACAAGCACUAUAUUGUUCACAGUUUGACAAAAAAUACUUGCAUUUAUAAAUCAAAGUUAGGAACAAAUGUUGAUUGAUUCUGGGACAGUCUACAAUCUAUGUUGUAAAUUUAUUUUUCUUCAAUCUAAGGUUCCUGUCCUGCAGUGUGAUUGCAAAGGAUCAGUGCAGUACCUUUCUAUUAACAGAAUUUGUGACACAUGACACAAGGUUGUAAUAGAGCAUGAAAAACAUUAACAUUGUUUCAUUUCCAGGGAAUAGCCUUAAAUACAGAAUGAUAUUAUUUAAAUAACAGCUAGCAGAUAGUUUAUAUGAUGACCAGGUUAGGGUUACCUUUUCCUCUGCCUUUUCAUACAUGCGUUUGAAUAUUUCGCAUAUAACAGGAAAAGGAAGUGUACAUGUAAUCCAGGAAACUCCUGGAAAGCGUAAACUGUCACAAUGUUGCACACCCAUUUUCAUAUUAAAUUAUGUUAAAUGGUAAAU